CGAGCGCUGCGGCACAGUCGUACUGGUGGUGUGGUGACGACAACAUCGGUGAAGUAUUACGAGCGCACUUACCGACCGGAACUUGAAGAACAGCGACAUGGGCGGCGAUUCUACGCCCAAACACCUCGAUGCAGCAUCCCGCACAAACUGAUCACGGUGUGAUUUACGAUCGCACGGUUGUCAACUAAAGUUUCACACCAAUUCUAAGCUGAAUGUGUUAGAGGAGAAAAUCAGUGUUAAUCCCACUCAGAACACCAGUCUAAUAUUAAUAUAUAAAGCCAGAACUCUGUAAAGUGCUAGCUUAGUGUUUCUCGAGGCGGAGGUAUCUACUAUCUAGUAUGGGAUACAGGCACGCAUGCGCGGCGUAUAUCGACCGCGCGCGACGGCGGCGGCACCCGUGCCGCCAUGAGCGGGAGCUGGUAGAGUAUAUGGAGUCGUCGCUGUGGGCCAUGUCGGCGAGCGCUUGGUUCUCAGUGUCAUGGAUACCAACGGUAAUGGCGGUUCUGGUGUUAUGCGGCGGGCGCGAACUGGAGCCCGAGGCGUGUGCGCCGCGCUUCGACGUGCAGCGUGACAAGAUCAUCCGAACGGAGGAAUCGCGCGAAAUGGGCGCGCGUUACCUGGCCGAGUUAGACGUGGGCGCACGCCGCGAAUGCUUGCAUCUGUGCUGCGAGACCGACGCCUGUGACGUGUUCGUCUAUGAGGAGAAGAGUCCAGGCAGUUGCUACCUAUUCAAAUGCGGUCCACCAGAAGACUUUCGCUGCAAGUUUACGACGCACGGAAACUUCAGUAGCGGCGUGCUUGUGCUCAGCCGUCGACUGGCUGAACUACAGGACCAGGAGCGACUCGAGCACCCUCUGCCCAAGCAGCUCGCUCACCUGGCUGGAAGCCGGAGAAGCUCGACUACAGCAGCACCCUCGACCCCGCCCCCGCCGCGUCGCACUCCCGCUCCGUCAUCUUCAGCCGCGCCUACGGCUCCGCAAAAACCUGCACUACUCAAGCCGAGCGACAACAAGUGCAGUCGUUACCAGUUCGCAUGCCGUCACGGAGGCGAGUGUAUCGCCGUGUACAACGCGUGCGACGGCGUGCCGCAGUGUGUCGACGGCAGCGAUGAGGCGCCCGAGCUGAACUGUCCCACCACGCUGCCCCCGCUCACACCACUGCCCCGCAACCCGCAUCAGAUGGUAGCGGACGUGGUGCAGAGCGGCGCACGAGGACUGAGCGCAGUGGAGGCGGAUGCGGUCGCGGAGGCGGAAGCUGAGGCGGGCGAAAUAUGGCCGCACCGCCUCACUCAGGCGCAGACAUAUCACACAUACAACAAUGAAGCGGAGAACGCGCCACACAUAUUCAGUCAUCAAGGCGGGCUAGUGCAGACACCGCACCGCGUGUGGCAGCCGCCCGCACCCGCGCCAGGUCUGGAUCUGGAGGGUGCCGCGGGUGCAGGCGUGGAGGGACAAUGGUCGCGCGGGGGGGAGUGGGUUGACACAGUUCAGCACCGCGCCUGGCCACCACACCGUCUACCGCCACCGCAGCCGCAACCCCCCCAUCCGGAGGCGCCGGCGUAUCUCGGGGAGAACGCCAGAACGAUGCCCGAGCUUCCGAUCGUUUACUCCGGCGCGCAGGGCCUCCGUGACGCGCCCAAGAAAGGCUUCGAGCUGAUCAGCGAGCCGGCUCGACCGGCCGCGCCGAGAGUGCCACCACCGCAGCCACCGCAAGCCCCACCCGCACCUCGCACCCUGACUACGCUGGUUGAAAGUACUACCAAGAAAAAGAUAAUCACACAAACCGAGGCGCGGGCCAACGAGCAACAGGUCAGCGAUGGAGACGCAGAGAACGCGAGGCUUCCGGAGCACGGGAAGCACGUGGGGAAUCAAGCGUACGCUGCAAAUGCUGUGAUGGCCGACGAUCACGACGGACUGAGUGAGCCCCCGCCCGCUGCACUGAUGCUGCUGGUGCUGGGUACACUCGUGUCGACGGUGUUAGGUGUACUGCUCGGGGCCCGAGUCCGCGCGGUGCGGCGACGCAGACCUCGUCCGCGGCACGCUCUCGACGCAGACUACCUUGUCAACGGGAUGUACCUGUGAGGAGCACUCCCAAAGCCACUCCAAGGAGGAACUUACUCCAAAUAAUCUCUUCGUAAAUCAUACAGCUAUCCUAAGUGUACUCUUCAAAUUGUAAAACACAUAUUUUACUCCAAACGUGUAGGUAACGUUGUAUACCGUAUUACGUAUACCGGAAUAUGUUAGUGGUUACAUCUCUUCAUUAAUGAUAGUGUUUAAAUUAAUUGUUAACGGUUACUACAUUCCGACAGAAAAAUAAAAUAUAAAUCCUAAAGUU